GGCUCAGUUAGUGGCCGGCACAUUUGCCUCUAGUUUAUGCUUCAUUCUUAUACAAAGAGAAUGUAUUACUACAAGUACUGCUCCUCCUUGUAAGUUGUAAACCCUUUCUCUAUUAUUCUAUCCUCCAUUUAAACGUCUCUUCUGCCUUCUUUCUUCCUUUAUAGGAAGUUGCAGAAUCUUUUUACCUUCUUCAAGCAAGAUACAAAAAAAAAUGUUACCAAACCAAGAACAAGUUGAAUUUUUUCAAAACCAACAUUGGAAAAAUGUUGAUUGUACUGAUGAAGAACGAGAAUUGGAAGAAGCAUUGUCACUUUCUGACCUUCCAAUUAGUGCAAUUACAAUUGGAAAUGAAGAAGAUGAAGCAAAAGAAGACGAAGAUCAAAAUGAUCAAGGCGACAAUUUGGAUUUCGAUUUCGAUUUCGGCUCACUGAUCGGAUCAGUAAGCACAUUUGAUGGUGAAAUGUGUGCAGCUGAUGAAGUCUUCUCCGGCGGCCUAAUACUGCCGUAUCGCAACUCGGUCAGCUCAAUGUCCGGGUUGCGAAGCGCCUCGAGGUCCGAAUCAAUGGACCAUAGGACAUUUGGGUCUAGGAGCAGCAGUAUUAGAAGCAAUAGUAUUAGGAGUCAUUACUCUGGUACUAGUAGUAGUGGUGGUAGUAGUUGUAAUUCUAAUUAUACGGCUUCUAGUGCUAGGACCGUUCCCUUGGUAUCUAAAACUAAGGUUCGGAACCAAUUUCACUCGUACCCGAGCCCAAAACCACAGAUUUUGGGUACAGGUCCGCGUAUUUCAACUCAAACCUCACCUAUAGGUAAAAAAUCGAAAAUGUGGGAGGUUUUAAAGUUGGGAUUGAUCAGGACGCCAGAGAUUGAGCUACAAGAUCUUAGGCUACGCCAUCGUACAAAUAAUUUUGGUAAGACAUUGACAAUUCCUCGCAAUAAUAGUAAUGGUAGUAGCAGUAGUAGUGGGAGUAAUAAAGCGAGCAACGAUUAUAAUGAUCGUGCUCGUAAGUCGUGCUCUAUUGAUGGCAAUAAAAUUGAUUUCAUGAUGGAGAUGGAGAAAAGAAAGAAGAAAUUGUUAGAAAUCAAGAAUGGUAAUAGUAGUGGGUUUUUCAAAAGUUGCAAGUGUUCAAUUGAGGAUAUUGAGCAAUUGCCUACUAGAUCAAAUUAUGGUCCUAAAAGUGGUUAUUUUGGUAGUAACAAGUUUGGAAAUAGACACAACAUUUCACCUGCAAAUCAAGUUUCAAAUGAAGACAAAAAAUUGGCACAAAGGAAACUUCAGUUAUUGCAAGAAGAACAGCAACAAGAGCAGAGGAGAAACAACCAUAUCCGACAAAGAAAACAAAGCAUGUCACAUCAUCAUCGUACAUUUGAAUGGCUAAAGAAUCUUUCCCAUGCAAGUGUUCUUAAUUAGAUUCUUAAUUUUAGGGAAAACUCAAAUUCAAGAAAUUAGAUUCUUUUACGAGGCCAUUACGCAUGCUAUUUUUAUUUUAUUUUUUUAUACGUUGAUAUAUUUAUUUUGUCGUCUGAGAUGUAAAAUAAGUAAUAUUUUUAUUCUAUUUUCUGUUAUAUAAUUUGUCUUUAAUUUGAAA